AUGGGGAGUGUUGAUAGAGACGAUAAUCGGAUUUUCGAGGCUAAUUUUAGUACCGAUGGGGCGAAGAAGUUGGGAGAUAUUGUGAAGGAGAAGCUUAAGGAAUUCAUGGGUGAAUACUCGGAUGAUACUUUUGUGGAAUAUGUUAUUGUGUUAUUGAGGAAUGGUAAGAGCAAAGAACAAGCAAAGACUGAGUUGGAUGUUUUUUUGGCAGAUAAAAGUGAUGCAUUCGUUUGUUGGUUGUGGGAUCAUCUACAUUUGAAUUUAGCUUUGUAUGUAAAACCGAAAAAAUUGCAGGAUGAAGCUCCCAAAAGGAAGCUUACAUCGGAAAUUGAAACUAGGAGUGAUUCGAAUUCAAAGUUAGAAAGAGGAAAUUCUAAUAAGUCUUCUAGAACUCGGCAUAACAAAGAUUGGAAAGGUUUGGUGAGGGGAGAAGCUGAAGCAAGGGCACCUACUAUCAGCAGCUCAAAGGUUGACCUGGCUCAUUUAGAGGAAAAAGUUCGACCAAAAGUUGAUCAUGGUCCAAGGUCACCAUCUCCACAACCUGAACCCACAGUUCAGAGGAAAAGGGGCCGAACUGAUGAAAAACAUAGGACAAAGCGGGAUGUUGCCUCACAACUAAAUGUUGCCUCACAACUAAAUGUUGCAGCAUCUCGACGGUUGCUUCAGUUUGCAGUUCGAGAUGCAGUGGGUACUUCAAGGACAACCAAUCUUGGCACAUCAGUGGAGCCUUCCUUGAAACGUCUUCGAUCUGUAGUUUCUACAUCCUCCGGUGAUUCAGCUCUGGUUGAACAUCAUCAGCGUGUGCAGUCCACUGCCCGGGUGCCAAAUGCAAUGGCUACAGUGAUUAAGGCUGUGGCAGAAGCUGCAGAGGAUGUGAAGUCCAAAUCCUCAGGAAGUGUAUUUGAUAGACUUGGUUGUGGUAUGGAUUCAUCAGCCGAUAACAGCCAACUUGAUUAUCAACAGCAGGAGAAAAAUCAAUCAAUGUAUCUUCAGAGACCUGAUUACGAUCGGCAAUUUGCUUCAGAUACCACUAUGAUUGAACAUGAAACUGGUUUUCCUUCUGAUUCUAAUUCAGAUAAUGAAGGGCGUCAUAAUUUAAAUGUCAUAGGCCAUGGGGUGACAGGACCUUCUCAGGUCAGUUCCUCUGUUGGAAAUAGGGGCAGUGAUUCACUCAUGGAGCAUAGUGUAGCAAAAUAUGCUGGUGAUAGUUUGCGUCUAAAUCAGAAUCGAGAACAGGACCAAUCUGCUGCUGCACGCAACACUUCCCGUAAAGUAGUGAAUAUUUCUGUUAAUGUAAAUACUUGGAAGCCGGAGCAGUAUCAGGAACCAAGAGUGGUUGCAGAAUUUAAUGGUCAUAAAACUUUAAACAAUGGAACUGGAAAUCCCAGAUCUAACGUGCAACUGGUGAAGGAGAAUACACAAGCUAUGAAAAUUAGUAAUGGAAAUGUAAACAUUGCUCCUGAUGUUCAGAAAGAGUCUAGCAAGGCACACUGUACUACUGGUUCUAGUGUUGCUGGUCGUCCUUCAGAAGAUGUGGAUUCCAGAACCAUUUUUGUUAGCAAUGUUCAUUUUGCUGCUACUAAAGAUGGCCUGUCUCGGCAUUUUAACAAGUUUGGGGAAGUGUCAAAAGUGAUCAUAGUUACUGAUGCUGCAACUGGGCAGCCAAAAGGGGCGGCUUUGGUUGAAUUCAUGCUAAAAGAAGCAGCAGAUAGUGCACUAUCUCUAGAUGGCACUUCUUUCAUGUCACGACUUCUCAAGGUCGUAAAGAAAAGUGCUGCCCAUCAAGAAUCUGCUCCAACCACGACAUGGCCACGAGUUGUUAGGGGAACUUCAUUUCCUACUCCUAGGUUUCCCAGACCUCCCUUUGCAAGAGGUAUGCCUGGUUCAUUUAGAGCUCGUCCCCCAAUGAAACUGGGUGCAAGAAGCAUGCAAUGGAAGCGAGGUGCUCAGACUAAUUCGGCCGACAGUGGUUCAUCAGCGAAUACCGGAAAUUUUACCACCAUGCCUGCUCCUCGGGGUCUCACCUACAUUAGAACACAAUCUAAGCCAGAAGGCUUGGGUUCGGGUAUGACAUAA